UUGUAUACAAAUCACAACAAAUAGGUAUGAAAUUAUUGUUAUUGUUUUUUCACAGUGUAUCACUUUUACAUACAUGAAAUGUACAACUUUAAUCUUUAUAUUAAAAUUUUAUUUUGAAUUAACAUAAAAAAACUCUUGCUCUUCUUGCAAAUGAAAACAUUCCAUAUUUUGGAUUUAUUACCAGAAGUACAAACCGUGCCGUUGUUGUCAUCAUCUUAUUUUACCCUGAAGCAAGAGGGAACUAAUGUGACUUUUUUUUAUGUGUGUGCAGACUAAAAAAAUGGGUUGUGAAAAAUGAAAAUGAAAAUAUGUUUUAUGAGUGUGUUUCAGACCAGCAAAUCUGUGCCAUUUGGGACACUUCUCUUCCUGCUAACGCUCAGGCGCAGUUGGAGAUGGACAAAUACCUCCCCCCCCAGAUCACCAGCUCGCUGCUGAGUCCUGCCAUCGACCUGAGUGACAAGAAGUACCGACGGGAGAGCGCCUCGGUGGUGGAUGAGUACUUCUCCGAGGACAAGCCCGGCGCCCCCUACAGCCUCAACAUCAACGUUAUCCUCCCCAGCUCCUCCCAUUUGCGCACGGGCCUCUACCGCCACAACACUAAGACCCUGCCCCCGACGCAGAUCAAGACGGAGCCCGGACUGGAGGUGCCCUGCUCCUCCGCCGGCACCCAGGCCUUGCCGGACUUCACCUCGGUGUUCAACGUGCCCCCCGUGGUCAACGGCGUUUUCAUCAAGCCGGACCUGAGCUCCGGUGGCGUCUCCCUUUCCAACGGGUCCCAGCAGCAGCAGCAGCAGAGUUUGGACACGGAGCUUCACAUAGGACCGCCGGCCCCCCAGCCACAGGUCUACCACAUGCCGGUCAACGGCACGGCGGAUCUCAACAUGACUCUGUCCCACUCCGGACCCUCGGCGUCCGGUUCUCGGACCAUGCUGAACCUCGGCGGCGUUGGCGGCUACGUGUUGGCCGAGCACCAGCUGGGGGCGCACCACGGUUAUUACCCGGCAUCCGGCGCCCAGCAUGCGGGCCCCCACAGCCUGCCGCCCUCACCGCCAAACUCGCAACCGGGCAGUCCCGAGGCUCAGGCUGAUCUGCUGUGUUUGGCGAGCCAGCCGCCGCCUCCGUACCAACAGCACGUGGUGGGUGGGAUAAAAGUAACGGGGUUGUCCCCUCACGCCAUGCUGAUGACGCACGGCCAGGGUGUCCUGACGGGGCCCAAAUACAAUCGACGGAACAACCCGGAGCUGGAGAAGAGGAGGAUUCAUUUCUGCGACUAUCCAGGCUGUACAAAAGUUUACACAAAGAGCUCGCAUCUGAAGGCGCACCAGAGGACGCACACGGGCGAGAAACCGUACCGCUGCACGUGGGACAACUGCGACUGGCGCUUCGCCCGCUCCGACGAGCUGACCCGACACUACCGCAAACACACGGGCGCCAAACCCUUCAAAUGCGUGGCCUGCAGCCGCUGCUUCUCGCGCUCGGACCACCUGGCCCUGCACAUGAAGCGCCACCAGAACUGAGAAAGCGCCGGGGAUCCUCCGCAGGAAGUGCGGACAAGGCGGAAACAUUUUCACUGUGUUUUUCUUCUCUGGGUUCUCCAAACCACAAAACACUUUUCCGCAAGAUGUGGUCAAAAUGUUUGCCGCUUUGCAAAUUACGGGAAAAAAAAAGUUAAGCACAUGGCUGAUGGAGUGCAAAAAUAUCCGAUUCUUAUCCCAAAAAAUUCAUGGUCUUUGUCCCUUUAUUCCUGUAUCACCUUUCCACAAAUUUUUGUACGAAUUGUUUGGGUCUGGUAUUGCACAUGCUGGAACAUUCCUCAAAUAUUUCUCAAAAUCUGUUAUGUUACAAAACGUAUGAAUCUUCCUUGGAGGAGCGAAUCAAGCAAUUUGCUUUUUGUAUUCCUCUAUAUUGUAAAGUGGCUAUCAACUAUUUUUUUUGGUGGCUUUUUUAAAACAUUUUAACAUUCCGUCUUCUCUAAUUCUUCCUCUCGUGAGAAAUUUCCGUACUUUCCGAGGAACAGGUGGACACCCCCGCUUUCAUGUAAAUAAUGUUUAUAUAUCUAUUGUGCAUAUGUGUCUGCAAGGAAAGGACAAAAAAAACAAUGAAUGUAUCUAGAUUUAUACUUAAUGUUUUUUUUUCUCUCUCCACGUUUUGUUCAUACAAGUAGAAACUUCCCUUAAGUGCGUCAUUAUAGUAACAUAAAAUGGGACCUAGUCAUGGACUGGUUCUGCCUGUUCUGGCGCUCACGGGGCUCAAGUCGUUAGCUGUUAGCUGAUGUUUGUGUCGGUUGCUUCCAUGGCAACCAAGUAGUGUAGUCAACGAUUUUACGAUGUCAUUUUAAAAGAUCAUUUUUAAAAUUUUGUUUUCGGGCCCGCCAUUCAUCGACGUGGUGAAAUUGUCUUUUAUUUCAAUGCUAAAAUUACAUUUUUUUUCCUCAUGGCUUUGCAAGGAUUCAAGUUCUCCAAGCGCGGCGUGUAUAUAAACCAACAAAAAGUGUCAUAUGAAUUAUUUUCAAUGCUCUUGUAAAUAUUUCUCUGCUUUUUACGACGUCUCAUCAGGAUUUUAAUGUCGAAAUGGAUUUUUUUGUCAAAAGCCUCGGAGUUUUUAGUUUUUGUUUUUCUUUUGUCAAAAAAUUUUGCAAUGAGAUAAUUAAAAACUUGAUAACGUGUGA